AUGGAACAACACGAAAGAAUUGAGUUACUAGACGCAAUUAAACUAACUCAAAAACUACUUUCAACUGUUAAAGAAAUUCAUGAUCGAGGUAUUGUACAUCGUGACAUAAAACCGGGUAAUCUCUUAGUUGUUCAUGAUCCAAAUGCGCCGAUUGAAAGAGCUGAAAUCCAUGUGAUUGAUUUUGGACUAGCAUAUAGUAAUAAGCAUGAGGAUACUGUUGAUUGGUCUUCAUUUGAAGAAAAAGAGAAAUAUAGACAAACAUAUUUUGGUCAUACUAUGGGUAAUUCUUUUUAUCGCGUUCCACAAUUGAAUUCUCCAACAUGGAAGAACAAGACGCAGAAAGAACAGAAUGUGCUAUUACAUAUUCGUCGUAGUCCAACAAUUGAUGCUUCAAGUGUCUGUACUAUAUUAUUUUGGAUGCUAACUGGAAUUGAACCAGGAACGAAACAUCGCAAUGACUCAAAUUUGGCGCCACAUCAAACUGAAGAGGCUGAUACGUGUAUUAUGAUGAAAAUAAAUGAAGCUGUGAAGCGAAUAGGCAUUGCCAAUGAAUUAUCAUCAGCAUUGACAAAACAAUUAAGAAAUUAUAUCAUGACAACUUUUGAUAAAGGAUUUGAAAAUGCAGAAUAUCAGUGGACAGUUGAACAGUUAGAAUAUCGUUUACAUUCAAUUUGUCACAUUCUCGAACAUGAAAAUAUUUCACUUGAUCUACAAUUUAAUAAUGCUGCAAAAAUAUCAUGUGCAUUUGAAUUUGCCAAAGCAAUAUUUAUUGAAAAACAUCCAUCAUGUUCAUGGUAUGAUGGGUAUUGUCAUUGGUUGGAAUAUCGUCAAGAUAUGACUGAACGUAAAAACUAUGAUUUAUUAACUUAUCGACAAAACAAACAAAGUUGGAUGUUGAUAAUUGUUUGUUCUCUUCAUUUUAACGAAAAUGGUGACAUAAUAACAUUAACAAUUGGUAGCGAUUUCAAUAGAGUCUAUGUUGAAUUACCAUUAGGUCAAUAUGCUCCUGAUGACUUAAACAACUUAAAUAUUCAAGUUGAAUUUGAACGAGAAUUAAUCAAUCUUUUACAAGCGAUAUGUGAACCUAAAUAUUCGACAAUCGCACAAUCUCCAUCUUCAACAAAUUAA